AAAAACCCUUUCCUUGGAAAAAGUAAGGGAGGGAGAAGGGAAGGGAAGAGAACAGUUCACCGAGCAGACUUGCACAGUUGAAGUGCAGUGAGCAUAACUGCGCAGUGAAGAGCUGAGCUUUAUCUGUCAGCAUCUACUGACUAACGCUAGUUAUUUAAAAAAUUUAACCAUAUCUCUGACUUCAGCUUCAGAGCAGAUAUGUCUAUCAUCACAACUGUGGCACUCCUGGUUUUGCUGACCAUCCCUGAGGGCAUCAGUCUGGGGGAUCCAGGUAUGACUCGGCGAUGUCGAUGCAUCACCAAGGAGAAAAAGCCCAUUGGACGUUACAUAGGAAGCGUGGUGGUGAACUCUGCCAGCUCCCACUGCAACGACAUUGAGAUUAUUGCCACUCUGAAAAAGGAUGGGCAACAGAUUUGUCUGGACCCUGAUGCUCCAUGGGUCAAAAAAGUGCUUGGCAGGAGACUAGCAGAUGAAAAUACUGAAUAACAACCCCUAACAGUCUAGGGUCAGAUCUUAUAAAAGACACAUCUUCAUCACCAAUGAAGUUCAAGGUGGAUGCAUCGAUCGCAUCUAUGGAGCACAAAGAACUUGUUUUGCAUAAUGGGAAAGACUCACGUGGCAGCUGUGGUACUCUGUGUGAGGGUGUGCCUAAAUCAUCUACCCACCUUUUAAAUUUUACUGGGUUUCCUGAGAGUGUUUACACAAACCUAUAAUCUGAAGAAUAUGUUAAACAUCAUAUCUCUACUUAAUUUCAGUUAAAAUACUUGUAUCUCAAUUGUAUAAUAAAUGUAAAAUGUGAAAUUCUGUUCUUUAUCCUGUAAUGCUCAGCAAUAUGGAAAAACACAAGCACAGGCUGAUCAUAUAUUUUAAGUGCAAACUUGUGUGUCUGGGUGGUUUUGAAACAUGUGAAGUAGUAGAGACUUAGAUAUCACUUUGACAAAACCAAUGAUCAACAAUUGGAUGGGGAUGGGAGCCAUGGAAACACAGUGUGUUUAAUUUGAUAUUACCUAUGAUAUUAAACCUCAAAUUUUCAGGUUGGACUUCACAUUAUUCUCCCCCAGAGGUCAGACAGGAUCUUUUUGUAUUUUGUCUCUUGAAAGAGCAUAAAGAAUAUAUCAGCAAAUUCUGUUUUAUGAAAGCAUGUUUUACAAAAGGUUUGUCUGAAAUAGUACUGUUUCCUACUACACACUACUAUGUCCUUUCACACAUCGUAUAUCCUGCAUCACAGAGGCAUAAACAUUGCAUUCUCAGUGGGAAGCCAACGCCCUCUCUUGGACAAAAGUGCACACCAUCAGGAAUAUGUUUUUCUGGCUAUAAAAUUAACUUCUUCAUUAUUUCAUUAUUAUUCAUUGUUUGUUUUUGUCAUGUCAGGUUUAGUUGCCUGCUUUGCAAAAAAGUUUAAUAAAAAAUGUUUGAAAACAAUAAAGCUGUACUUAAUCCCAAUAA